AUGUUUGAGGCUCAGAUAGCCUACUACCUCAAUAAGUACUUGGGCACCUACCUGGAGGGCAUUGACCCCGCCUCCCUCAAGAUAUCCAUAUACCAAGGCGAUGUGGUGCUCAAGAACCUGAGGCUCAAGGCAGAUGCCCUGUCAGAGCUGGAUCUUCCAGUGACAGUCGAGGCUGGCCUCCUUGGCAGCCUGACCCUCAAGGUGCCAUGGAGCGCGCUGGGUCAGGCGCCCGUGGAAGUGCGUAUGGACCGCCUGUUUUUGCUCGCAAAGCCCAGGGAUGAGGCCGACAAGGCCUCCAUCAAGACGGCUGAUGACGUGGACACAGCCUUCCAGUCCAGUAAGAGGCAGCGUGUGCAGAUGCAUGAGUCGCAGUGGCUCGCCGAGCUGGAGAGGCUCGAGAAGGCCAAGGAGAAGGCGGAAGGGGGCGGCACCGGUGGAGGGCUAUUUGGUGGUGGGCGCCUGAAGAAUGUCAUCGACACCGUCAUCGGCAACCUCCAGCUGUCCAUCACAAACAUCCAUGUGCGGUACGAGGAUGACGUGACCAACCCGGGCCACCCCUUCUCCUGCGGCAUCACCCUCGACAAGCUGGCCGCAGCCACCGUCAACGACAAGGGGGAGGAGGCCUUCGUGACCACCACCCCUCUCAGCCUGCUGAGGAAGGCUCUGGACCUGAGACGCGCGGCGCUGUACUUUGACACGGACAUAGACUUCUGGCGGCCCCACUCCCACUGGCACGAUCUGGAGCCAGUGGAGUGGGACGAGUGGUUCCUCCCUGGCGUGUCCUCCGCCAGGCAGGAGCGUGGCGGCACCGCCAGGCACCGAGAGUAUGUGCUCCAGCCCGUGGGCGGGCGCGCACUGUACACACGCGUCGGGAAGAUGCAGACCACGGCCGACGGGGACCCGCGCAUGGACUCCUCCCUGGACCUCGAGUCGGUGGCCCUCAGACUGUCACACGCGCAGUACCAGUCGUACCAGCUGCUGCUGGCGGAGGUGCAAGCAGGGCGCACGCUGAGCUGGCGCGCGACGGUGCGCUUCGCGUGCCUGCGCCGGCGCUACGUGUCGCUGUACGCCAAGCACCUGCGCACCAAGGGCGCGCGCAUGUUCGCGCGCCUGGUGGACCUGGUGGGCGACCAGGAGGAGGGCCUCGUGUACGGCUCCGCCUCCCCGCACUCCCUGCUGCAGCGCCUGCGCGUCGGCGUGGGCUCCGCCUCGGCCGAGCUGGUCGGGCGCGACGGCCGCCGCGUCCUGCGUGGAGGCCUGGACGGCAUCGCCCUGGAGCUGCGCAAGUUCCCUAAGACCCUGGCCGUGGGCCUGCGCGUCGCCGCCAUGGGCGUGGACUCGCCCGAGGGCGUGUUUGUGCGCACGGGCCGCGGGCUGUCAGCUGGGACGGGCGGCGAGGGUGCAGAGGGCGCUGGGUCGGGCGAGGCUGGCGCCGACGGUGCCGAAGCUGGUGGGGCCGUCGCCGACGAGACCCCCCCCCCUCCGGAGGAGGAGGCGCUGACGGUGACCUUUGUGCACGCGCCGCAGGACGGCAGCGCCGACGCCGAGGUGGGCGUGGUGCUGCGCCCCUCCUACGUGCACUACUCCGCACCCACGGUCGCGCGCGUGGCCGCCUUCUUCCGCGCGCCCGAGGCCCUGGACUUCUCCAACCUGCAGCUGGCGGCGGGCGGGCAGCUGGAGCGCGCGCGCAAGGCGGCGGCGGCCUACGCGGCGGCCGCCAUGCAGGCCCGCCCCCGCUUCAACCUGCGCCUGCAGCUGGACGCGCCCAAGAUCGCGGUGCCCGUGUCGGACGCCGACGGCGACGUCUGCCUGGUGCUGGACCUGGGGCAGUUUGUGGUCAGCUCCGACCGCGGCGCGCCGCGCGGGCUGUCGCCUGACCAGGCCGCGCUGUACGAGUGCGUGCGCCUGGAGGGCUCCGACGUGGCCGCGUUCUUGGUGGAAGGCCGCCACGACUGGGCGGCCGGGGGGGGGGACGGAGUCGGGGCUGGCGAGGGGGGGUCCGGCGAACAGGGGGCCGCGGGGCACACUCCCAGAUCCCCCACCGCCGCCCCUCGACCGCCGCGCAUCCCGCUGCUGGAACGGUGCGGGCUCAGCGUCGCGGCGCAGCUGUCGCGCUUCCCCGACCCGGACCGCCCCGCGGUGCGGCUGCAGCCCGCAGUGCCCAGCCUGCGCUUCCACCUCUCCCCCGGCCGCCUGCGCGCCCUGCUGCGCGGUCCCCUGCGCGUGCUGCGCUGGACGGGGCUGGGCCGCGCGACCGAGACCUGGGCGCCGGCGCGCGGUGUGGUCACCGCCCGCGGCCGCCUGCUGCUGCUGGACCCCGAGGGGGGCGGUGGCGCGGCGGGUGGGUUGGCCGCGGUGACGCUGGGCGCCGACCGCCGCGUGCUGGCGCUGGCGCCGGGCGACGCGCGGGGCGUGAGCCAUGUGGUGGCCGUGGCGCCGCAGGGCCUGGAGCCCGCGGACGUGCUGGAAAGCACGGCGGCCGUGCUGCUGCGCCUGGAGGACGGGGGCGCGGCGGAGGCCUGGUUCCGCGCGCUCUGCGCAUCGCAGCAGGCGCUGCGCGAGCUGACGGGCGCGGGCGGCGCCACGGUGCCGGCGCCGGAGUGGGACGACGCCUCCUCCACCGUGUCCGGGGAGGAUACGAUGACAGCGUCGCACGACGCAUCCGUGACAUCGAUGCCUGAGGAUGCGCCGCCGGCCGCGCAGCCGGCGCCCACCACCCUGCUCCAGGUGGACGCCGAGCUGGGCGAACUGGCGCUGUUUGUGGCCGGGCGCACGCCGCUCGUCUGGUGGCCGCCGGAGGACGAGGACCCGGUGAGCCCCAGAACGGCGGCGGCGCGCGCCAAGGCAGGCUUCCCUGCGUUUGUCCCAGACCACGUCCCCCACCUGGCCGGGGAGAGCCACAUCGUGGUGGUGCGGGCCACGGGGGGCACGCUGGGCUUCGUCUACGGCGUGCCGGGCAUGUCGGUGCACACCGUGCUGGAGGCGCUGGAGGUGGAGGACCUGCUGGUGGGGCCGCGAAGCCCACGCCAGCGCUACCUGGCCUGCAGCGGCGCGGAAGUCGGUCUGGCCCCCGACGACGACCUCUUCUUCGACGCGGCGGAGGAUGAGCUCCGUAGCGUGCGCAGCGGUGAGCUGAGCGUGCGCCGCUCGGCCUCGCUGGCCAGCGACGCCCCCGCCCGCGAGCUGGCGGAGUUCACCUUCACCAUCGCACGGCCGGGGACGGCGGGGUACGCGGGUGUGGACACGUGCCUGGACGUCACGCUGGGCACGCUGCGCUUCUACUGCAAUCGCCCCACCCUGGCGGCGCUCAUGAGCGCCGGCGCCGACUUCGCCGCCGCGGCGGCGGGGGGCGAGGAUGGGGCCGGCGGGGACCAGGAGGAGCCCGAGGCGGCGGACGCCGAGGAGUUGGGCGCGCCGUCGGGCGUGGAGCUGGCGCAGGCCGUGGACCAGUCCCUGGCCGAGAAGCUGGAGGGAAGCCCGGAGGACCCCCUGGCCACGCCCGUGGUCAGGCCGGGCGGCGCCUCAGCCUCGCCCGCGCGACGCACCGUGUUCCGCAUGCGCGUCGCGCUCUCCACGCUGGCGGUGUCGCUGAACUACGAGGGCGCCGGCGCGCGCAUGCUGUCCACUGCCGCCGUGGAAGGCUUCUGCUUUGGCCUGGACGUCGACGCGCGCGGCGUGCUGAGCCUGACCUCCCGCCUGGGCAACGCAGAGGUCCUCGACGGCACGCUGCCGGACCCGCACCCCUACCGCCGCGCCUGCGGCCUGCGCGGCGACGGCACCGCCUCGCUGGUGGACGUGGAGUUCAAGAUGUACCCGGCGGGCGCACGCGCCGACCCGCGCGUGCCCCCCGGCCUGGCCUGGGCGCACCUGACCGCGCGCCUGAGCCAGCUGCAGCUGGUCUUCCUCUACCGCCUGCUGGCGGAGCACCUGUCCUACGUCAGCGUCAUGCUGGCCAUGCGCCUGGAUCAGGCGGGGGGCGUGCCCCUGGAGGAAGGACGCGCGGUCUCGGCCGGAGGAAGCGGUGGAGCCACACCACGCGCGUCAACCCCGCGCUCCACGGGGUCCGCCUCGCGCCCGGCGACGCCGCUGCGGGGCGCCAGCAGCGGACCCGGGCGCACCGCCAGCGCCCGGACGAAGGGCGCCGCGCCGCCGCCGCUGCCCCUGGCCGAGGCGCAGCAGCCCUUUGUGCUGGUCUUGGAGGUGGAGAUGGAUGCGCCCAUCAUCGUGCUGCCCCGCCAGUCCAACAGUUUGGAUAGCCUGGAGGUGGACCUGGGGAACCUCAGCCUGAGCAGCAAGGUGGUCGAGGUGCCCGGGGAGGAAUGCGGGAAAAGGGGCGUCCAGGUGCUCCAGGAGCAGGCCGCGCUGGCCUUCUCAGGCAUGAGCUGCUGCGUGGUGCAAGCCGGGAAGCGUGGGGGCAACGUGUUCAAGAACCAGGAGCAGGCGUGGCAGCUGGGCUGGAAGCGCCCGCUGCAGCCCGAGGCGCGCGGCCCACAGCCCAAGUUCGACCUGGCACUGGACAUCCCCAUCCUGCGUGCCGUGCUGGACAACGGCGAGUACGCGCGCAUCACCUCCAUCGCCGCGGCCAACGUGGCCGAGGCCCCGGAGCCGCCCGAGGGCCUGUCAGCCGGCAUCGCGCCCACGGAGGAUGUCUCGCCCACCAACGUGCGGGUGGUGGUGAGCCUGGCCCGCGCCGAGCUGGAGCUGCACCAGCUGGUGGAGGGCGUGGGCGAACCACAGCCACUGGCCCGCUUCUCCAUCGAGGACCUGGGCAUUGCCUUCCACAACACCGAGGAGGGGAGCAUGGCGGUGUCGGUGUGCCUGCCGCGCGUGGAGGGCGUGGACUUGCGCCCCGAGGUCCCCACCUCCCACAACCGCGUCAUCACCUCGGCCAACAAGGCCUCUUUCUUGAUCAUGGAGUGGAGCGCCAGCCCCGGCAUGGCGCGGCAGAAGCUGGGUGUCACGCUGCAGAAGCCAGAGUUGGUGGUGGAGCUGUCUUUCCUGCUGGCCACCGUCGCCUUUGUACUGCCGGGCCUUGCAGUGGUGGGCAACCACCCCAUCCCUUAUGCAAGCCAGGACUUCCUGCUGGGCGGCCCUGACCCCCCCGGCCCAGCAGGGGCAGACCUCUGGCUCUCGCCCUGUGCGCGCCUGCUGGCGGACCGCCCCGGCGCCACCGAGUUUGAGUACGACGGCGGCGGGCAUGCGCUGAUCCUGCCGCCGCCGAGCUCCCUGGACGAGCCGCUGCCGCUGGUGCUGGUGGGCACCGGGUGUACGCUGCGCCUGCGCAACCUGCGCCUGCUCCACGCCGACUCGCUGGCGCUGUGCCUGCGGCUCGCCCCAGGCGCGCGCCUGCUGGCGGAGCCGCGCGACGGCGUCGAGCUGGUAGAGGGCGCGGCAGCGCACGCAGCGCUGGCGCAUGCUCUGCUGCCGGCGCCGCUGCAGGACAACCCCACCGCCGCUGCGCGGGCCAUGGGCGAGUGCCUGGCAGCGGGGGAGGAGGCGGGGACGGGAGGUGGGGAGUUCCAAGGCGAUGUGAUCCAAGGAGGGGUGGGGUUCGGCGGGGAAGGAAACACGUCCGAUGCCCCCCCCACCCCGCCGCCGUGCUUCGAGGUCAGCCUGUCAGCCGUGGGCAUCGGGCUGCAGCUGGCGCAGCUGGACGUCGCGGCACGCUCCGUGCACGUGCUCGCGGCGACCAUGGACCUGGGCGCGUCGGUGCGGCUGGAGGGCGCUGCCAAGGCUGGCCGUCUGGCCCUGCACGGGCUGCACGUGGAGAGUCGGACCCUGGACGGGGAGGGCGCGGAUGGGGAGGGCGCGAGGGACGGCGAUGCCGAGGGCGGCCAGGCGGCGGCGCCGCGGUCCGGCAGCCCCGACGGCAAGAAGCGGCGGCGCAAGAAGCGGCGCGGCAGCCUGGACGCGCCGGUGCUGGAGCCCUGCCACGUCAGCCUGGACUUUGAGCUGCGUGGCCCGGGUGCAGACCCGGGGUCGAUCGUCGGCUCCGGCACUGCCACCACCACCACGCCGCUGCCCGCCGCGGAGGUGACGCUGGCGGUGUCCGACCUGGCGCUCAACCUGGCUCCCGACCGAGUGUGGUCCUUCGUCCCCGGCGCGACGCUGCGCGCCGACGGCGGCCUGGUGGACCUGUCGGUCGCCGGCGCCAGCGGGGGCGUGUCGGUGUGGCGCCCGCGCCCCUCGCGCGCGGGCUACCUCCCCGUCGGCGACGUGGCGGUGGCCGAGGGCGCGGCGCCCAGCUUCGAGGUGCUGGCGGUCGCGGCCGGCGCGGCGCGCGAGGAGGUCCGCCGCGCCCUGGCCCCGCCCGUGGUCGACUUUGCGCGCGUGUGGACCGACAACGGGCGCGUGACCGCGGGGCGGGGCGUGUCCGUCUGGCGCCCCGUGGCGCCGCCGGGCUACGCGUCGCUGGGCGACUGCCUGGUGCGUGGCCUGGACCCGCCGCAGAGCGCCUGCGUGGUGCGGGACUCGGGGCCCGGGGAGGGGCCUGGCGCUGCGGGCGCCAGCGGCGCCAGGCAGCUGCCGCUGCUCAGCGACCCGCAGCAGCUGGAGCUGGUGUGGCAGGACACCACCAGCCGGGAGGACGUCCGCCUGACCAUCUGGCGGCCCCAGCCCCGCCUCGGCUACGUCGCCGGCGGCGUGAACGUGGUGGCGCGCAUCGGCAAGACCCGGGUCCUCCUCCGCGACGCCUUCCGCGUGCCGCUGCUGGAGCUGGAUGUGGGGGCCCUGGACGCCGGGGUCCAGGGCCCCAGCCCCACCGUGGUGCAGGCCUACGUCGGCUUCUCCCUCAGCCUGUGGAGCCACAAUGGGGCGCUGCGCGUGUGGGAGCCGGUGGUGGAGCCCUGGAACGGCAUCUUCAUCUGCGACGCCAACCUGGGCGGGCGCCCCGCGCACGGCAUCAAGCCCGGCAUGCACAUGUCCCUCAAGUCCUCCAGCGAGGCCGUGGUCACCACGCUGAGCUACGCGGCCGUGAGCUCCCUCCUCGCCGCCCACCGAGACUGGCAGCAUGUGCUGGUGGACAACACGCUGGGCAUCGAUGCCGCCAUGGAACUGGACUUUGGCAACCGCCUGGAGAUGGUGCGGCUGCCGGCCGGGCACGCCACCCGCAUCCUGCGCCCGCUGCCCAGCUAUGCGCCGCGGCGACGCGCGGCCCCUGCGCCCGAUGCGAGGCCCCUGGACCUCCUCCUCGUGGAUGUGGAGAGCCUGGAACUGGAAGGCGACGGCCUGGGCAGGCUGCGCGGCGCACGCCUGUACUGCACCGAGCGCAGCGAGCAGCUGGUGGAGGGCCCCGCCGGACCCGGCGCGCUGCGCGCGGCCUGGCAGGUGCAGCGCGAGCGCUCCGGCGGCGCGGCGGCCCGCCACGACGCAGGGCUGGAGUCGGCGGGCCAGCGCGCGCUCUCCGUGGCCUCGCAGGAGGGCAUCUGGACCGUGAUCCCGGCGGCGGGGGCCCGCGCGGGGCGCGACGACGCCGGACGCGGCAGCGCCGUGCCCGUGCGCCUGGGCGCCGAGACGCUGGCGCUGGAGUCGGGCGUGCAGGCCGGCGCGCGGCGCGAGACGCUGCGCACGCUGUGCGUCGUCCGCAACACGACGGCCCUGGCGCUGGAGGUGGCGCUGGGCGAGGCGCCGGACGCGGACGCCGGCGCUGGCAGCGCGGGCAACGGCGCCGGUGUAGUGGAAGAGGUGCUGGAGCACCAGCGCUGGCGGCCGCGCGUGGGCUGGGCGGGGUCCAAUCUGCACCCGAGGGACCCCGCGCGCUUUGAGCACGGCACCGCGCGCCGCGACGACUUCCCCCAGGUCGACCCGCCGCGCGGCUGGGAGUGGGACAGCGGCUGGCAGCUGGACCGCGGGUCCGCGGGUGAGAAGGAGGGCUGGGUCUACGCCCCGGACUUUUCCCGCGUCCGCUUCCCCGCACCCGACGCCGGCGCGUACAAGCCCUCCCCGAGCGAUACGGUGCGCGUGCGGCGCUGGGUGCGACGGCGCGUGCGUGCGGGGUCGGCGCGCCGGGGCCUGACCCCGCAGGCCUCGCUGGUGCUGGAGGCGCCCCCCGCGCCCCGCCCUCCGAGGGUGGUGGGCGUCGUGGCGUCCGGCUCCACCCUGCCCCUGCCCGUCGGCUGGGACCGGUCGGGGUCCCAGCUCCUCCUGCGCCCCGCGCCGGGGGAGUGCGGAGGCGAGGAGGAGGGGGAGGCCGGCGAGGAGGAGGGGGAGGCCGGCGAGGGAGCUGUCGCCGAGCAGAAGGCUGGAAAGCGCAACUCCCUGGCCCACAGCGCAGGCCCGCCCAGCCACGGCUGGAGCGAGGGCGCGGGCGCGGGCACACACACUGUCCUUCUGGACUGCCUGGACGAGUCGGUGACGCGGCUGGUGCGCUGCGCCCCGCUGGCCGGCCCCGAUGCCGGGGGGGGCGACACGCACGGCUCGCAAGCGGAGGCUUCGAUCUCCAGAGCCCCACCCCCAGCCUCGGCGGCGGAGGCGUCCAGCCUGUGGUUUGCGGUUACGCUUGAGAGCAGCCCGCUGGCGGAGGCCGGGGCGCGGGACUGCGAGGCUCCGCUGGACUGGCGGGCGGCGGCCGCCCCGCCGCUGACGCUGGUCAACCAGCUGCCGCUGGCGGGCAGCCUGCUGGUGUGGCAGGAGGAUCCGGCCACGGGCCAGCUGGUCAGCCGUCAGACGCUGCGCGUGCGCAGCGGGCAAUGCGCGCCGGUGCAUGGUGCCGACCUGCGCUCCGCGGUCAGCUUCUCCUUCUAUCCCGACGGCUACGAGUGGAUGGAGGCGGCGCCGGCGCUGGCCGCCGCCGGCGCGCGCCGCGCGGGGGCGCCGGGCGCCGCGCUCCCCGACCGCGUGCGCCUGGGCCGCCCCGGCGCCAGCCUGGCAGUGGAGGUGUACGUGCGCCGCGCGGUGGAGUACGGACCCUGGCUCCUGCACGCCGCGGAGGAGGUGGAUGCCAGCGAGGCGGCGGCCCGCGGCGUACCGCUUAGCCUCACCCUGGCGGCGCCGCUGUGGAUCGCCAACACCACGGGCCUGGCGAUGGAUGUGGCCGUCGUCGCCGUCGCGGCGCCGAGCAGGGGCGCGUCGGCGAGCCCCGGCGCCUCUUUUUCAUCGAGGGCCGCCAGACGCGACUCCGGCACGGCCCGCGCGCCGCCGCCGGCGCGCGGCGACCUGCGGCGGUUGGUCACCGACGGCGGGGAGGGCGGCGGCGCGGCGCGCGACCUGCCUGCCCAGCGCCACGUGGCGCCGGGCAGCCUGGAGCUGCUGUCCUACCCCGUCCCCGCCUGGUCGUCCGCCGGGGGGGGCCCAGGGAACGACAGCGUGACCGCGUCACGCAGCAGGGCCUACGGCGUGCGCCUGCGGGUGGCCGGCUCCGGCUGGACCCCGCCGCUGGCGCUGGAGGCCGGCGCCGCUGGUGCCAGUCCAGGCGGCGACGACUCCCCCCUGGACGGCCUGGAGCCGGUGCUGGUCCAGGCGCGAGUGCGUGAGUUUGGCGUGACGCACGAGGUGGUGGCGCGGCUGGAGGUGGCGCCCCACGCCGGCUCCCAGAUCCUGCGCCUGGAGCCCCACGUCGUGGUCAGCAACCGCACGCCGUUGGACGUGUCGCUGCUGCACUGCGCGGGCCUGGUGGAGCGCGUGGCUGAGCGCGGCGGCGCAGAGGUCUCGGCCGUGAUACUCCCGCGCGGCGCCUCCAGCUUCUCGGCGGCCCCCACCACGCGCUCGGGUCAGGGCGCGGCGCUGCGUGCGGGCCCGGGCCCGCGCCUGGUCAGGCCCUCCGCCGGACUGUUCGUCGGCGACGGCGGCGACAGGGGUGCAGGCGGCGUGCAGACCAGCGCCGGCCCGGACCCUCUCGCCGCCCCCGCGCCGCCGCGGCUGAUGGCGACGGGCGCGCUGGUGAGCGUGCACGCCGCGGCGCCGGCGCUGGUGUUGCCCGCGGGGGCCUGCGCGGUGCCGCUGCACCUGCCCCUGGCCUCGCGCCGGCACGAGGUGUGCCUGCGCCUGGGCGGAGGUGUGACCCGCGACGGCCCCACGCUUUGGAGCCGGCCGCUGACGCUGCGCUACCCGGCGGAGGAGACGCUGCACGUGCUGGCACCCUGCGCGGCAGCCGGCGACGGCGACGCGCGCGUGGCGUUGCUGCGCCUCAGCAUAUCGCGCCGCGCGCCGGGCGCCCUCCUGGUGGUGCUGGAGUCGGCGGGCGGCGACCCGCCCUACAGCGUCGAGAACCGGAGCCGUGUGGCGCUGCAGUACCGCCAGGCGCACGUCCCGGGCGCGCCCUUCCACGAGCUGGCCCCCUUCUCGGCCACGGGCUGGGCAUGGGAGCACACGCUGGCGGGGGCGGCGUACCGCCUGGAGCUGCAGGAGGGCGCGGGCGAGGCGCGGGCCUACGCGCUGGACGCCGGCGCGGGCGUGGCGGGCGAGGGCGGCGGCGCGGCGGCCCUGGACCCGCUCCCCCUGUCGGUGCGCCCGCGCUCCUGUGCGGUGGUGGCCUCCUACGUGGAGCAGACGGCGGCGGCGCCCGCCGGCACCGCGCGCAUCGAGGGCGACGGUCCGGGCGGCGCGCUGGGCCGCGGCGGCGUGGACCGCCAGCUGGUGGUCGCGCCCGGCGCGGCCGGCGCGCUGACGCGCUCGCCGCGCGCCGCGCUGGCCCCCCCCCCCGACCGCGACCUGGCGCUGCAGCUGGAGUACCUGGAGGUGUCCAUCACCGACGCGGUGCCGCAGGAGCUGGCGCUGGUGUCGCUGCAGCGCCUGGCGGUGAACCUGGCGGCGGGCAGCACGCCGGCCGGCACGUACCGGGCCGCCACCCUCGCCCUCGCCCGCAUCCAGGUGGACGACCAGCUCCCCGGCAGCCGCUACCCCGUGGUGCUGGCGCCGGCCAAGGGGCAGGGCGGGGACCUGCCGGCGCUGCAGGCCGCGGUGACGCAGCACACGGGCGGCGCGCGCGGGCACGCAUUCUUCCCCAUCCUGGCGGUGCGCACGCCGCUGGUCAUGCAGCUGGCGCCGGACACCGCGGCCGCAGACACCAUGCUGCGCGUGCGCCUGCUGUCCAUCUCCGACCUGGCCGCCCAGGUCAGCUUUGGCAGCAACCCUCUUGCGCGCCCGCGACAGGUUUCCGGGGGCGCCGUCUCCGUCAUCCUGGACCUGGCCAGCUUCCAGGCCGCCGCAAUCAGCCUGCACGGCUUCGAGCUGCGCGAAGAGGCCAUGCUACACAGCGCCUUCCGCGCCCACGUGGCCCAGGUGGUCCAGGGCCAGGUCUUCGGCGUGGGCGUCUCCCUCGUCCGCAACUUUGGCGUCAUCGGCGGCGCGGGCAAGGUCCUGGGCAUGCUCUCCGCGGGCGUGGCCAAGCUGUCCCAGUCCAGGAGCGACCUGGAGCAGGCCGCGGCCGCGCCCGUGCCCGAGACCAAGCCCAUAUCCAAUUUUGGCGACGGAUUUGCAGAGGGGGCGGGCGCCUUUGGGUCCAGCAUCCUCCGCGGGCUGCGCGGCGUGGUGGAGAAGCCGCGGGAGGGCGCACGCCAGCGCGGCUUCCAGGGCGCACUGUCGGGUGUGGCCAAGGGUCUCGUGGGCGCCGUGGCCGACCCCAUCUCGGGCGCGCUGGACGCCAUGUCGGCCACCGCCCAGGGCAUGGACGCCUUCAUGUCAAAGUCCAAGGCCGAGCUGCUGGAGCUGGGACGGCGGCGCCUGCCCCGCGUGAUGAGCGUGGACGGCGCGGUGACGCCCACGCUGCGGGACGGCAGCUUCCGCGAGGCGCGCAUGGAGGAGCUGGGUCAGGCCCUGCUGCAGAACACGCUGCUGGCAGCCCGCGAGAGGCUGACGCGCACGGGCACAGUGGCAGAACGAUAUGAGCAGCACUUCCUGCUGCCAGACAACCGUGUGGUGGUGCUCACCGACCGCGGCAUCCUGCUCCUCCACGCCCCCGGCUUUGACCGCCUGGGCGCCGCCGCAGACCUAGCCCAGCCGGGGCGCAAGAAGCAGCGAUUGCUGAGCUUUGGUGCCGUGGCGAGGGACGACGAUGACGGGUUCGCCUUUACCCGGAGACCUCUCGCCUGCGCGGAUCAGGAACCUGCAGCAACCCCCGUGAAAGCGGCAUUUGUUGACGGGCCGACAGUGGCUGAGAUCGCUGCCACUCAGGCAGCCAUCGACGCCGCGGUCAAUGAACAGCCCCAGGAGAAGAGAAGCGGCGGUGGAACCUUCAGCGAGGUGCAGGAGGUGUUCACCUGCAUUGUCACCACAAUGAACGCCUUUUGUGGCCGCCCCGCGCCUCCAAAUGGCUACAUUGCGGUGAGUGAUGUGCCUCCUGGCGAGGUGUCAUGGCGGGUGAGCUGGGAGGACCUGCUGGCGCUGGAGCUGAGGCUGAGCCGGGAGAGCCCCGAUGCGGAGCCCGAUCGCUUGAUCGUGCACCGUAAAGGAGUGGCAGGGCGCCAGCAGGAGGAGUCGUUGGCGCACCAGAUCAAGGGGUACCCCAACACGCCCCAGGCCUCCCAGAUCAAGAUGGUCGCCCAAGCCGUGUACAAGCGGCGGUACCUGGAACCGCUGCGCAGCAGCGCGCUGUGGUCUGCCCGGCAUGCGGCGGCCCUGGGCGCCGCGCCGCCCACCGCCAUCCCCGCCGACAUGCCGCACGCCUCGGCGCUGCCGCUGUGCCUGCCCUGCCUGGAGUUCGCGCCCGCCUGGCACACCAACCCCGCGCGCGCGCCGUGCGUGUCCUUCUGGCGGCCGCUGGCCCCCGCGGGGUACCGCCCCGCCGCCGACGUGGUCUGCGCGGGGCUGGAGCCGCCCGCCGAGCCGUUCUCCCUGCUCUGGCGCUCCAACGCGCGCCGCGCGGUGGCAGUCUGGCUCCCCGUGGCGCCGCGCGGCUACGUGGCGCUGGGCGCGGUGGUGGUGGGCGCGCCCGAGGCCCCCAGCCCCGAGGCCUACCUGUGCCUGCGAGAGGACCUGGCCGCGCCGGCGCGCUGCUCCGAGGCCCCCACCUGGAGGGUGUCGGUGUGGCGCGUCGAGGGGGGUGCGCCGCACUUUCUCGCGGUCCGCGCCUUUGCGCGCCCGCCCGACGCCUGGCUCCGGGCCUAUGCCGGCGAGGCGGGGGCCUCGCGCUGA